AUGAAUUAUUCAAUCACAAUCCUAUAUUAAGUAUUGACAACCAGUUCAGGAAAAGUAUUUUUAAUUGAAGAGAAAAGCUAUAAUACUUCAAUCAAAUAUUAUGCAUUUUAAUUUUAGUAAAAAGAAACUAUUGAAAAAUAAUUUUUGGAAUAAACAAAAACUCUUGCAAAAUCAAAAUAUUAGCAUUUAUUUAGAAAAUAUUAAAAGAUGCUUUUAAAUAGUUAAUAUACUAAAUAAGAAUUAUAUUUAUUUGAUUAUUAUGAAGAAAGUUAAUUUUUAGAUUUAAAAGUGUUGGAUUAUGGAAAAAAUAAAAAAUCUUUUGAAUAUUCAGAAAUUAAAUAAUAUCUUAAAUAAUUGCUAUUAGCCUUAUAUGAAUUACAUAAAAGUGAUAUGCCUGGAAGAAUUUUUUCAGUUUAUAAUAUAUUAGUUAUUUAACCAACUGAAAAGCUUGUUUUAAUGGAUUUUGGAUUCGGACCAGAUAUUUAAUAAGAUUAAUUAGAUAUAUUGGCACCACCUGAAUAUUUAGAAGAAAUAAUUAAUCAAAGUAUUAUUUUUAUAUAUUUAAGAAUAAAAAAAAAAUUAUUUUGACUUAAAAUUUGAUUCUUGGUUGGUUGGAGCAUUUUUGUAUCAUUUAAUAAAAUUCAAAUCAAUAAAUUAGAUUGAAGUAAGUAAAAAUAAUUAUGAACGACUUAAAUAUGAUAAAAAAGAAAAAUUUUAUGAAUAUUUAUCAAAGAUUUAGUUUAUUCCUUGUUAGACUUAAAGAUACAAAGAAUCUCUACUCUCUUUUGUCUAAGCUUUACUUACUUGUGAUCCAAACAAAAGAUUAUCAUUUUAUGAAAUUUAUCAACAUAAAUACAUUUAAGAACUUAAUAUUGAAGGAGUAUAAUAAUGUAUUGAAUUUUAUAAGAAAUGUGAAUAGAUUAAAGAUCCAUUAAAUGAUGUAUUUUUUACUUCAGAUUUUAAAAAUGAUGUAUUUGACACUAAUGAUUUUGGUCGGGUUUCUUCAAAUUUACACCCACCAGAAGCAAAAUCUUUGGAGUUUCCAAAAAACCUUGAAAUGAUAUAUACUGAAGAAGCAAAACCAAAAUAACAAAUACAAAUAAUACCAAAAAUUAUUAAUUAGAUAAGUAGCUUAAAUUGUCUUGAUUAUUUGAAUAUUAUUAUGAACAAACCUUAAUUUUCAAACCAGAAAUUUUAAGACUAUUGGCUCUAAAUUUAAUUAGAUUGUUUGAGAUGCUAUAUAUUAGCAAAUACAGCUGAUAGAAUUUAAACCAUUUUUUAAAAAUACAAACAUCCCUUUGAAAAGUUAUUUGUAUAUAUCAUUAAAAAAAUGCAUUUGCUUAUUUUAAGGGAAUUUAAUAAUUAUUUGAAAUCAGAUUUUUUUAAAAAUAAAUCAGAUCAAAAUUGGUCAACCUUUAAGGAGCAACAUUAAAAAGAUUUAUUCAAAUCUAAUGAACUAAACUAAUAUUUGGAAAAAUUAACAUCCGAAUUAAUAAACAAUUUUUAAUAGAUAAAAUUAGAUUAAGAUCCUACACUUCCUGAAAUAAUAAAGAAAUCAUUAAAAGAUGAUAAAGAUCAAAAUUAUAAUAUGAUUUUGAAUUCAUUGGAAUUCUAUUUGAAUGGUUAUUCAGAGGCUCUUUAAACACUACUCUAAUUUAUAAAUUCAUAAACUAUUUAAAAUCAAGAAUAAUCAGAUGAAUUAAAUUAAUUUAAGAAAUUAGUUUAUUUUUGUGUAGAUAUCAAUAUUUCUUUUCAACCUCAACAUUUUUAAGAAUAAUUUAAAGGGCUUGCGUCAUAAAAUCAAAAAGUAUAACCAAAAGAUAUCAUUAAUUUUCUUGAAAUUAAGUAUAUAAUUAGAUGA